CCUGAUUUUGUUUAUCAGGCUUGGAGACUGUUCAUAGAAGGCAGGCCUCUAGAAUUGGCUGCGGAAUCAAUUGGCGAAGAACACUACUUAUCUGAAGUGCUACGUUCAAUUCAUGUGGGGCUAUUGUGUGUGCAAGAAAAUCCAGAAUAUAGACCAAACAUGUCAUAUGUGGUUUUGAUGUUGGGUAAUGAAGAUGAAUUGCCUCGGCCUAAACAACCAGGAUUUUUCACUGAAAGGGAUCUUAUUGAAGCAAAUUCUUCAUCAAGCCAGAGAAAACCACCUUCAGCUAACGAAUGCUCAAUUUCAGUGUUAGAGGCAAGAUAG